AUGACAAAAAUAUUUGCAUCACCGUUAGCGGCGCCACCUGGAACUGACGAUAAUUCAAAUGAUGGAGUGAAAGCGAAAAAAGAUCAAGAUUUGUAUACUGUUUUACAGCCGACAGGCAGAGACAUAGCUUUGGACAAAUCAGACCAAUUUAUAUUCGAUAUCGCUGAACCGAAUAUCAAAAUUGCAUCGCAACUAUCAACUAGCGAAAAUUCCUUCGACCAAAAGGAUUCAAGAAAACCAACUUACAUAGUGGAUGGUGAUUCACCUGGAAGAACGUUCGUAAGGAAUAAGGAGGCAAAGGACAAAUUUACAAGCGCUGUUGGAGCAUUACUCAAUUUUCCAGCAGUCGAUCAGAUUCUUGUUGUCGAAAAUGAUGAAAUUCCUCUCGAUAGAACAUCAAUUCUCAACGAAAAUAAAGAGAGCAAUCAAGAGAAUGCGGAAAGAAAACCGAUAUUAAAAAUUACGGAGAUGCUUCAGAAACUGGAAAAUAAUUUGGACAAGCUAAUAGCACAGGCAAACAUGGAACCAACCCAGUCUUUUCCUAUACACCCACAGUUUAAGCAAAACCCGAAUGUACAAAUGCAAAUAAGCUCAGUGGUGUCUCCCAUGGAACAUCCUCUUUUUAAUGACUAUGCAACCAAUUAUCAGAAAGCGUUAAUGCAGAUGCAAAUGCAACGUGAACUGCUGAGGAACAACCUAUUCAAUCAACUUACUCGAGAACAAUCACCAGCAGAGGAAAACGAAAUGCCGCGUUUCCUGAUGGAACCACCGACUCGACAUAUAAUGAUGCAACAUCAACAACAAAUGCCCAUUUAUCGGAUGAUGUUUUUACCCUUUCAGCAGGUCACUGGUUACCAAGGAAGUAAUCAAAACAGGAUGGAACCCACUGAUUCUCAGUUGAAGUACCAUCGAAUGUUGCUUCUACAAAAUGAAUUAAUGAAGCAGGCGCUUUUCCCACAAGUUGAACGAAAAAAUGAAAUGUAUAGAACGGAAUCGACCGAGUUGCCGAUUAUACAUCCACAUGAUGCUUCGGCGGAUCAAAUCCUGAGGGGAAUGCAAAGCGCUAAAGCAGAUCGUGAUGAAAUUUUCAGAAAUUUUAGAACAAAAUCACAGGCUGCGAUGGACGCUAAGUUAAAGGAACAAAUGCAGAGACAAGAGACACAAGAUGAGAUUUACUGGAAAUUGCAAAAGAUUUCGCAAGAGGAAAAUCGAAAAAAUUUACAGAAAGAAAAUAAUCUGAUAAACGAAGUCGCAGUUACCAAGAGUGCUGAUGAUAUUUUCCGUGAACUCCAACAUCAUGCUUUGGAACUGCAGAAGCAAGAAGAAGAAAAGCAAAGAGCUGAAGAACAGCAGGAAUCAAUCGAUGCGCCUGAAAUUAAGAAUGAGAUGAGCUCUGACGAGAUUUUCCGUAAAUUUCAACAUCGCGCGCUCGAAAUGCAGCAAGAGGAGGACAAAAAAGAAGCAGCACGAAAUAAGCUGCAAGAGAAUGAAAACGAUGAGCAAACAAGUGCACCAGUGAUAAUGAUAGCCGAUUCUUUUCCAAAAAGGCAAACUGAUAAUUCAGACUUUGAUACACUGACUACAACACCAGCACCAAAUGUGAAGGCUAACGAAUCUGAUUCAGACAUACUUUCAAGCUUCUUCAAAUUCUUUGAAAAAGAAGUUUUAAAAUCUGAAAAAUCGAAUUCAUCGGAAAUCGAAGAGACAGCUGCAACAAGUGAUGAGAUUCCUCUUGCAAUGCCAGUCUUUUUCGAAAAAUUGCCUUCGGCUGUGGCCAUUGAUCGAUCGGCAGAACCAACUGAAAAUGCAGUCGUCGUCGAUGAAGUUGAACAACCAGCUGAUAUUACGCAUCCAGUUUCGGAAUUCUUUGAACAACCUCCUGCAGUGAUUGAUUAUCCGCAAAAUUCAGAAGAACAGAGUAGUAAGGAACAGUCGGCAAGCGAUCAAGCACAAAUGAAGCUGGAACGGAUCAAUUCCGAAGCAAAUGAUGAAGAUGAUCUGACUGAAAAGAAGGAAGAAGCUGUCGAAACCAAAGAAAGAAGCACUAUGCUAAACACUGAGGAUCAAUCAACUGAAGAGCGAGAAAAGCAAGAACAGCCAAUACAAUUCGAAAAGUCGAUCUCGGAUAUUGAGAAUGCGCCAGACACUGAAAUUGUCCGUGAAGCAUUUAUAAGACCAACUAAAAUACGAAUGCAACCAGCAAUGCACCAAUCGAUUACUGCACGAUAA